AUGGUGGCUUCCAAUAUCAAUGGCACUGUCAUUGCCAAAGACAUUCGGGAGAAUCUGCGCCUGGAGAUCUUGAAGAUCCAGGAGUCAAACCCUAGGUUCAAGCCGAGCCUGGUGAUUUUUCAAAUCGGAAGUAGAUCUGAUUCGAGCACUUAUGUGCGCAUGAAGCUGAAGGCUGCCGAAGAAGCCGGCAUUUCCUGCAAGAUCGUCAACUUCCCCGAGACCAGCACCGAACUCGAGGUCAUCCAGGAAGUGACCAAGGCCAACAAUGACCCCUCUGUGCACGGCAUUCUCGUCCAGCUCCCUCUCCCUAGUCACAUGUCUGAGCAUGCAGUCACUUCCGCGGUGGCUGACGAGAAGGAUGUCGAUGGCUUCGGUGCCGUAAACAUCGGUGAGCUGGCAAAGAGGGGUGGUCACCCCCUGUUCGUUCCUUGUACCCCUCAGGCCGUGAUGGAGCUUCUCCGGGUAAGUGGGGUGGAUCCCGCGGGAAAGGAGGCAGUUGUCCUCGGACGCAGCGAUAUCGUCGGAAGCCCCGUCAGUUACCUGCUCAAGAAUGCCGACGCUACAGUCACCGUCUGCCACUCCAAGACACCCGAUCUGCCACGUCUUAUCAAGUCCGCAGACAUUGUUGUCGCCGCUAUCGGCAAAACCGAGUUCGUCCACGGUGAUUGGCUGAAGCCCGGGGCCGUGGUCAUCGACGUCGGAAUCAACUACAAGCCGGAUGCUACCAAGAAGUCGGGCCAGAAACUUGUCGGCGAUGUCGAAUUCGAGAGUGCUGCCCAGGUGGCUUCUCAGAUCACCCCAGUCCCCGGCGGUGUCGGCCCCAUGACUGUGGCGAUGCUGCUAAAGAACGUGGUCAACUCUGCCAAGGCCUACUUCAAGAAACAGAAGGACCGUCAUGUUGUUCCUCUGCCUCUCAAGCUGGUUGAGCCUGUGCCCUCUGAUAUUGCCAUUUCCCGGGCUCAGCACCCCAAACCCAUCACGCAGAUUGCCUCGGAGAUUGGCAUUGCCCCUCACGAAUUAGAGCCCUAUGGCCAUACCAAAGCCAAGGUCAGCCUUGAGGUGUUGGACAGGCUGUCUCACCGCCGCAACGGAAGGUAUAUCCUCGUGUGCGGUAUCACUCCCACGCCUCUCGGCGAGGGCAAGUCUACGACCACUCUGGGUCUCAGCCAGGCUCUUGGAGCCCACUUGAACAGAAUUGUCUUUGCCAACGUCAGGCAGCCCAGUCAGGGUCCCACCUUUGGUAUCAAGGGAGGUGCCGCUGGAGGUGGUUACAGCCAGGUCAUCCCUAUGGACGAGUUCAACCUGCAUCUGACCGGGGAUAUUCAUGCGAUCACUGCGGCGAACAACCUUCUUGCCGCCGCCAUCGAAACCCGCAUGUUCCACGAGUCGACCCAGAAGGACGGACCUCUAUACAAGCGACUAGUGCCGGAGAAGAAUGGCAAACGCGAGUUCAAGCCGAUCAUGUUCCGGAGAUUGAAGAAACUCGGCAUCACCAAGACCGACCCCAACGAGCUGACCCCCGAAGAGAUCAACCGGUUCGCGAGACUGGACAUUGACCCGGAGACCAUCACCUGGCGCCGUGUGCUGGAUGUGAAUGACCGACACCUUCGUGGUAUCACCGUGGGACAGGCGCCUACCGAGAAGGGCCACACCCGCGACACCGGCUUCGAUAUCUCCGUUGCCAGCGAAUGUAUGGCCAUUCUUGCUCUCAGCAACAGUCUGGAGGAUAUGCGGGAGAGACUUGGCCGGAUGGUUGUCGCCACGUCCCGGCGCGGCGAUCCCGUGACUUGCGAUGACAUUGGUGCCGGGGGUGCCCUCGCGGCUCUUAUGAAGGACGCGAUCAAGCCCAACCUCAUGCAGAGUCUGGAGGGAACGCCCGUGUUGGUGCAUGCAGGACCCUUUGCCAACAUCUCGAUUGGCGCGAGCUCCGUGCUUGCCGAUAAGCUUGCCCUGAAGCUUGCUGGUACGGAACCCGAGGAGGACCAUGACGCCAAGACAGGCUUCGUGGUCACCGAGGCCGGAUUCGACUUCACCAUGGGUGGGGAGCGAUUCUUCAACAUCAAGUGCCGAUCCUCGGGCCUUGUUCCCGACACCGUGGUCAUUGUGGCGACCGUUCGUGCGCUCAAGGUGCACGGAGGUGGGCCGGAGAUCAGUCCCGGCGCAGCGCUGCCCGAGGUCUACCGCACGGAGAAUGUGGAGAUCCUCCGCCAGGGAUGCGUGAACCUGCGGAAGCACAUCCAGAACGCGAAGCAGUACGGCGUGCCGGUGGUGGUCGCGAUCAACAAGUUCGCGACCGACACGGAGGCCGAGAUCGCGGUGAUCCGGGAGGAAGCCAUUGCGGCGGGCGCCGAGGACGCGAUCCUGGCGAACCACUGGGCCGAGGGCGGCGCGGGCGCGGUCGAUCUGGCCAAGGGGGUGCUUGCCGCCAGCUCGAAGCCCAAGGAGUUCAAAUUCUUGUAUGAGCUGGAGGGUAGUGUGCAGGGGCGCAUCGAGCGCAUCGGCAAGCUCAUGUACGGGGCGGCCAAGGUGGAGUUCAGCGAACUGGCGCAGAAGAAGGUGGACACGUACACCCAGCAGGGUUUCGGCCAUCUGCCCAUCUGCGUCGCCAAGACGCAGUACUCGCUGAGUCAUGACCCGGCCCUCAAGGGCGCCCCAACCGGCUUCACCGUGCCCAUUCGCGAUGUCCGCCUGGCCGUCGGCGGUGGAUAUCUCUACGCUCUUGCGGCGGACAUCCAGACCAUCCCGGGCCUGCCCACUGCCCCAGGCUACCUCAACGUCGACAUUGACACGGAGACUGGAGAUAUCGACGGUCUUUUCUAA